GACAGCCCUGCGCUGGUGUUGCCUUGGCGGCUCCGGCCAGGGAAUUUCAAUUUCGAAUAAGACUGAGGGAGACGGUGGCGCGGCAACGACGAGACGGGGAAGAGGAGCGGCGGAGAAAGGGAAAAGACGCCCGCAAGUGUGUCCUGCGAUCAUGACAACUGAAGUUUCUUCAGAAACAGAAGUAAAGGAGUCAGAACAGCUGCAAGCAAAUACAGUGACAGAAAAUGCUGGGGAUGCACCAGAAAUCCAAAAAGAGUCGUCAUCUGAAAUAGAAGAAAGUUCUCCUGCUACCCAGGCUCCAGCUAGCCAAAGUAGCCCAAGUAGGUCAGGAGGAAAGGGUAUUUCUCGCUUCAUCCCACCAUGGCUUAAGAAACAAAAAUCAUACAGCUUGACAGAAUCCAAAGAUGAAAUGAAAAAACAGCCUUCAGCAUUAGAAGAAGAGACAGAGCAGAGUGAAUAUUCCAUUCCAGAAGAGGCAGCUCAACCUAAGAAGAAACUGGAGGACAUUGCUGAGAAUCAGCGAGAAGCUAAAGUUGAUGACAAAGAAGAGAAACUUGCUGUUAGUGCUGAGACACAGCCUGCUAAAGAAGACAGUAAAGAGAUUGUUUCUGAACUAAAGGGAGGUAGUCAAGAUACAGAGGAAGGCAAAAGGGAUACCAAAGAAGUACAGACAAAUGAAGUACAAUUGGAGAGAGCUGUUCAAAAGCCUUCUAAGAAGAUCAGAACUGUCCAGUGUAAAGUGGUACUAUUGGAUGGUACAGAAUACAACUGUGACCUUGAGAAAAAAGCUAAAGGUCAUGUCCUAUUUGACAAGGUGUGUGAACAGCUUAACUUACUGGAAAAGGACUAUUUUGGUUUGCUGUAUCAAGAUCCCUCAGACCAGAAAAAUUGGCUUGAUCCCACAAAGGAAAUCAAGAGGCAAAUUCGCAGUUUGCCUUGGCAAUUCACCUUUAACGUGAAGUUUUAUCCACCUGAUCCUUCACAGUUAACUGAAGACAUCACCAGAUAUUUCCUGUGCUUGCAGCUUCGUCAAGAUAUUGCUUCUGGACGUCUCCCAUGUUCUUUUGUGACUCAUGCUCUCCUUGGUUCGUAUACUCUGCAAGCUGAACUAGGUGACUAUGAUCCAGAGGAGCAUGACAGUCAUUACAUAGGAGAAUUCCAGUUUGCACCUAACCAGACAAAAGAGAUGGAGGAAAAAGUAGUAGAGCUGCAUAAAACACAUAGGGGUUUGACUCCAGCACAAGCAGAUUCCCAGUUUUUAGAAAAUGCAAAGAGGCUUUCUAUGUAUGGAGUGGAUUUACACCAUGCUAAGGAUUCUGAAGGUGUUGACAUCAUGCUGGGUGUAUGUGCUAAUGGACUACUUAUUUACAAGGACAGACUCCGAAUCAACCGUUUUGCUUGGCCCAAAAUUUUGAAGAUUUCUUAUAAACGCAGUAAUUUCUAUAUUAAAGUCAGACCAACUGAGUUGGAACAGUUCGAGAGUACUAUUGGUUUUAAGCUGCCAAAUCAUCGGGCUGCGAAGAGAUUAUGGAAGGUUUGUGUGGAGCAUCAUACUUUUUAUAGACUUGUAUCACCAGAACAACCUCCAAAGGCCAAAUUCCUAACAUUGGGUUCUAAGUUCCGCUACAGUGGACGUACUCAAGCACAGACACGACAAGCUAGCAAUCUCAUAGACAGACCUGCUCCAUACUUUGAACGCACUUCAAGCAAACGUGUUUCCAGAAGUCUUGAUGGUGCUCCAGUAGGUAUCCCAGAUCAAAGCCUGCUUAAGGAUUUCUCUGCUGCAGCAAUGGUACCCACUGGUGAUAGAAUCGUUGAAGCAGCUGGACAAUCAAAAUUAAAAGAUGGGGAAGGUAGAGAUGUGGAUGGAAGCAUAGCUAAAAUGCCACAAUUUGAAGAUGGAAAGACUUAUUCCUUGAGAGUAAAUGGGGAAAAUAUUUAUGUCAGACAUAGCAAUUUAAUGUUGGAGGACCUGGAUAAGACCCAGGAUGAAUUACUGAAGCAUCAGGCUAGCAUUAGUGAACUCAAGCGCAAUUUUAUGGAAUCUUCACCUGAGCCACGCCCCAAUGAAUGGGAAAAACGGCGUAUCACACCUCUGUCUCAACAGACACAAGGGAGCCUAGAAGAGGAGAUAGCAUCAAUUUUAUUUAGUAAGGAGGGUUUUUCCACUAGCAUGAAAUCUGCCUUCACUUCAGCUACCUUGUGGACAGCAGAGGGCACUGUUGUGAAAGAUAAUGUACCUUCUGAAAAGCUUUCUGCCUCACCCUUCUCUCAGCUGCUUGAGAAAUUUAAUUCCCAAACAGAAGAGCCUUCCAGUGGAACCAGCAGGACUAUUAAGAGUUCGCAUGAGACUCUGAACGUAGUGGAGAAGAAGCAGGCAGAGGUUGGGACAGAAGAGGCAGUAGUCAAAGACGAUACCAACAGAGGCAAAGUAGAGGUUGUCUCUGAUGGGGAAAAUCUGAAGAUGGAGCAUCUGACAAAAAAGGACUCUUCAUCACUGUCAUCAGAUAGCAGCAGUAGUGAGAGUGAAGAUGAAGUAGGAGAAUAUCAGCCACACCAACGGAUGACUCAGGACACCAUAAAAGAAGUAGAAGAAAAUGAAAAUAUAAAAGAGAAGGAGGAAUGCAAAACAGAGGCAGUAGUGCGUGUGGAAAUUUCACAGGAAGUCAGCCCACUGCAAGUGACAGCUGGGCAUACACAAGUGACAGAAACUUUGCUCAAGACAAAUGAAGUGUCCACAAAAACAUCUGGAGAGGCAAACCUGACAAAUCUGGAUAAACAAGGUCCAAAAGAAGAGAGUGAGGAAGAGCAGUUGAAAGUAAAUGGCGAGACAUCACAUAUUGACAUUGAUGUCUCACCACAGAUAAUUUGUUGCUCUGAGCCUCCCGUGGUUAAAACUGAGAUGGUGACCAUUUCAGAUGCUUCACAGAGAACUGAAAUAUCCACCAAAGAAGUACCAAUUGUUCAAACAGAGACAAAAACUAUCACGUAUGAAUCUCCCCAGUUUGAUGGCAAUGGUGAUGCUGGUGUGCUUUUGAGUGCACAAACGAUCACUUCGGAAUCUCUUUCUACAACCACAACCACACACAUCACUAAGACAGUAAAAGGUGGUGUUUCUGAAACCAGAAUUGAGAAACGGAUUGUUAUUACUGGAGAUGCAGACCUUGACCAUGAUCAGGCAUUGGCACAAGCCAUUAAAGAAGCCAAAGAACAGCACCCUGACAUGUCUGUAACAAGAGUGGUGGUGCAUAAGGAAACAGAACUUGAAGAAGAAGGAGAAUAAGAAUUAUGAAGAUUUGUGACUAUGAAGAGCUUCAGUCAUUCCAAGUCAGUGUCCCUGCCACUAUUUCACUGAAUUUACCCAGCUUGGCACCAGUGGCCAGACAUCUCCAGAAGAAAUCACCAAUACCAUACCUUAUCUUUUCUCAUCCUAUAACAUGUAUGUCUUUAUUUUUAUAACCACUUCUUAACAUUCUUGGCUUUUUAUGAGGUUUAGAAAUUUAUUACUUUGUUUGCACAAUUCCCAGCCAUUUUUAUAUAACUUGAUUUCCUGAUUGCAUGAAAGUGAACACAAAUAUUUAGUAUGCACUGUUCACUUGAGUAAUUGUAAUAUGCAGGAAGGAGAAAAUUGUUGACUAAUUUAGAUAUAGCCUCUUCAGAAAUAUUUCAAAUAAAGCUUCUUACUGGAAUAACUUAGUUUUUUUCAGAUUAUUCAGGUAAAUGAAAUGUCAAAUAAUAUAAAAGAUACAUUCUUUUUAUUAAAAAAAUUGCAAAGCUUUCCUAUAAUUUGGUAGGAAACAUAAAUUAAAAUUUGUAUGGAUUUUAUACAGACUCCUUGUAACAUUCUCUUUUCUGAGGGUCUCCCACUCUGAGGGGAACUGGUGCUGUUAUAAUAUAGAAAGAGAGUUAUAAAGUUGUUUCUACUGACUGAGCACUGUUCUAAUAACCUUUAUGCACUUCACUGCCAUUGUUCAGUCCCUUGGUAGACACUUCGUGGUCUCCAGCAUUCUGGACAAGGUUGGAAGGACUUUGUUCUCUUCUCUUCCAACAAAGAUAAUCUAGGCAGCUUAAAACCUUAGUGCUUUUCUCUUAAUAUGUCAAAUGUCAAACACAUUGAUUACAUGCAGAAAUGUUUGUAUUGCAUAAGCAACUCAUGAUCUCCCUGUUAUGACUGACACUUUUGUUGAACAGUUACCUGUUUUGAAGUAGUUCACCUAAAGGCAACUGCAGGUUUUACAGACACUGAGGAGCCAUGGAUGCAGCCUAGGGCCCAUCAUGGGAACCAGUUCUGUAGAGUGAGGCUGCCUGCCGCUGAGGAAGUCUGUAUGAAAACCUGUUAACUGUAUCUCUUCUCUCAUCCAGCCGUUCACCUUAUGUAUAGUUAAGAUGCCAUAUUAAAAUUACAGCAGCUUGAAGUUGUAUUAAGUGAUAUUUUGCUUUCUGUAUUACUAUUAUAAAUAAAGUUUGUUUAUUCUCUAAAUUUUACUACUAUUAAUUAGUCAUUUGAAACAAAAUAUAUUUUGAGUCUAUGAAUACGGUUGGAAAAUACUGCGUAAGUUUAUCAUGUGGGAGUUAAACACAUUGUUAGGAAAAUUAUUUGGUUGCAUUGUUUAAAUAUAUGUUAUCAAAGUUCAUUGCUCACGCUUUUUCAAAAUAGUACAAUAAAAUGCAUCCUCUUUUCAUUUUUACUGGCAAAGAAAUACACAUACAUAUAGACAAAGUACUGUAAAGGAAUUAAAUUCUACCACUUUAAGGUCUGCAUAAUUCUAAUUCUUCAGCCUGUUUCUGUAUUCUCUUUGUGUCUAAAGAACAUUAGGCCAGAUCUAGACUAAGUUACUUGCACAGUUCUAAUUUUAAAAAUUCAAGAGUGAUUACAUUUUCACAUUGAGUUCAGUGAGAAUCUUAAGUGCAGCUAAGUCUAGAUGGAACCCAUUCAUCUUCAGUCCCAGAACCACUCUCAUCUAUAGUUUCUGAUUCACCAUAUCUCUGACUCUUUUGGCUGAAACUAUUAAUCCCAUAAUAAAUACUGCAGCAUUUCUGUUGUCUGUACUUUACAUAGUUUCAGUUGUUAUACUUUACAUUAAGAAUUUGUGCAAAUAUUCUUUAGCACCGAUGACAUCUGCUUUCCUCAUAACCCUACUAUCAUAUUAAUCUCAGUCCUUUGGUUGCAGUGGAAUGACUGCUGAAAUGUAAGGGCUGGAUAAGAAUCUUGCUGCCAGGAAAAAGCACAAAUUUUGAAAUGAGCAAAUGGAAGAUUGAUGUUCUAGAGAGAUGGGGAAAGUAGACAAUUACUGACAUUACAAAAAGUGUCCAACAGGUGCCCAUAGUGUCACAACUACAUUACACGAGAGAGUUCAACAGCAAGUAGAAAAAAUGCAUUCCAUGAACAACCUCCAAUUUGACAUACAUACUAGGUUCCCAGCUGUAUUCCUUUGCAGCUAUAGUGUUACAAAAACAAUGAGAACCCACAUACAUCUGUACAACUUUUAAGAAAUAUAUCAGGUUUUAAAAACACAUAGCCAUUUAAUGCAGGAAAGCAGCAGCUUUUAUAUUUUAAUUUGUAUCUUUUACUGUUUUGUAUAAGUGUUUCAUUUCACUGUUUGUAUUUCCAGACAUAUGAUUGCAGAGAUUUCAGAAAGUGGUAGGAAAAUGGAAAAUAAACAGACAAAAAGUCCAUA